UUGAAUGACACUAAAGAGUUGAUCCAUGAGUUGAAUAGAAGCAAUGGUUUAUUCAAAUUUGUCAGAACUAUGAGAGAAAAGUUUCAAGAAGCUGCAGCACAUGGAAGUUUUCCUCAAGUUACGUCUUGUGAUCAAGAGUAUUCCACAAUCUCUGUUUCUGCUCCAGUUUCUUCAGUUUCAACUGACAGUAGAAGUGAAUCUUUGUCAAAGCAAAAAGAACUUCAAGCUGAAGAAACCAACAGACAAUACAAGAAAGUUAACCGUGGUCGAGGGGUUAAACCGGCAAUUUUGUCUCUUGGAUCUGCUUCAUCUCUUUGUCGAUCUCCACGUUUUAAGAUUACACACCUACAAUGCCUUGCUCUGCAGCUCAAUUGCAGCCCUUUGAGUAAAAGUUGCCAUGGACACAAAAGGCUAAGAAGUGAAGAUGAAACAGAAACCACUUCCUCUUCCAAUCUAAUGGACUGCAUGUGUGAACCUCCUCACAUUUUAUUGUUGAAAUGUUAGGCAAAGAAAAAAACUCAUUUGCUGAUUUAUAUUACUGAGGCGUCUUAACAGAGAUUGGGAAAUCUAAAGAAAUCAAGUGAUGCAGUUCACCUGACACAACAUCCUCACUCGGUUUGCUAGCUAUGACUUACCAUGCUCUUCUCACAUUUUAGUUCAACUUGGAAUGGAGAACACCAGUGAUAAUCCCAUGCCUUGUAUAAUUUAAUGCUAAUGUUAUCUUGUAUUUUUCUGAUCAUGAUUGUAAAUUAUGCUAUAAAGUUUAUUUUAAUCUAUAGCCCGGCAUGAAGAAUGUAUUGUAGAUCAUGUUUCAGUUGCUGAAGUUCUCUUAUGCUGCAUUUAGUUGAACACUGAUGGAUAAUUGCAUUAUGUCAGCAUUAAAUAUUUUUUUGGAUCUUAAUUCUGC